CUUGUGCAAGCCACUUCACCUCACUCUCAGUCCACUCACCAGCAGAGCAGUAGGAGUAGCUAGCUAGCGAGAUGGCUCCCAAGCGCCGCGGCAGCAAGGUGGUGAGCUCCGUCGUGAAGACCAAGGUGGUGGAGGAGACCGUGGAGGUCGCCACCACCAUCCUCCCCGCCUCCCAGUCCCAGCCCGACUCCGGCACCCAGGAGGAGGACCUGCAGCAGCCGGAGGUCGUCGACGUCUCCCGCUCCCGCGACGUCCACGUCGAGGUCGUCACCACCCCCGACGCCCAGCCCACCCCCGGCGCCAAGAAGCAGCCCGCCUCCAAGAGAGGCGCCGCCAACGCCAAGCCGCCGGCCGGGCCGCUGGUGGUGCCGGUCUCGCCGUCACCCCAGGAGGCACAGCCCGCGGAGGAGGAGCAGCAGCAGCGCAAGAAAGGUGGCGGCAAGACGCCGGUGUCGCUGCAGAGCCAGGAGACGCAGGAGGACCCCUUCGCGUACCAGGACGAGACCACCAAGAAGAGGCCGCAGGAGGACCAAGACGGCGCUGAGCCUAAUAAGCCGGAGGGCCCCGAGACGCCGACGCAGAAGAGGUCCAGGACCGAGGGCAAGGCCAAGACGCGCAAGGCGGAGGCCGCAGCAAGGAAGAAGCUGUCCGCGGCGGCGGGCAAGAAAGGCGGCCGUCGUCGCCGUCGCCUGGGAGGGAACAACGUGGACAUGGGGUACAAGGCGUACGUGUACCGGGUGCUGAAGCAGGUGCACCCGGACCUUGGCGCGUCGGGGAAGACGAUGCAGGCGCUGGACAUGAUGAUGGCGGACAUGUUCGAGCGGCUGGCCACGGAGGCGUCGCGGCUGGCGCAGUACGCGGGGCGGGCCACGCUCACCUCCCGCGACGUGCAGAACGCGGUGCGCCUUGUCCUCCCCGGCGAGCUCGCCAAGCACGCCAUCUCCGAGGGCACCAAGGCAGUCACCAUGUACAUGUCCUGAGCAUCUCGACAACUGAAGAUCCAUCUGUCGGUCAGAAGCAGAGGGUGCAUGCUAGAAGUAGUUAGUUCAGUUUAGUUGUGUUUAGGUGGCAUGCAUGCAUGCGUGGUUCAGUAUGGGACUUACUUUUGGUAGGUAGCAGCAGCACAGGUCCGGUUUGUAAUGCAGUAGUAGUUUAAGUUGGCUGAUGAUGUUAGUUGGUCAAUUAGUUGCUGUUGAUGUAGUGGCGUUAGCGCUAAUGGUGCCUCCCUGCUUAAAUUAGUACUAGUAGUAUAUUUCUGUUGGUCAUUGUGUGUGUUGUAUGCAUGUUGUGUGUGUUGUAGCAAAUGAGUCCGUAAUUAGUUGAUGUGAGUGGCUGGCUACCGACACAUACAGGAACUUGCUAGACACGUGAACAAACAUAUAGCUAGCAACACAA